AUGUUGAGUCUUCCCAGUAUAUUCGACAUUUUGUCGAAAGUCGACAAUCAUCCAGCUGAGGACUUCAUUGAUCGGCUUAAUUUUGGAGCUUCCGUAUAUUUACUGGCAUUCUUUGUAUUAAUAACUGGCUCCAAGCAACAUUUUGGUAAUCCGAUCCAAUGUAUGGCACCUCCAGAAAGUCCAGACUCAUGGGUACAUUACUAUCAUGACUACUGUUAUAUACAAGACAAGUUGAGAAUUUUCGACAUGAAUGUAGACAAAUCUCUUGCAUAUGAAUAUGAAGCUAAACAAAGGGCAGGAGCUGACUAUACACCGAUUGGACGGUUUACAAAAGAUGACGCGACGAAGUAUUGGUCUCCUCGUGUGAUGUAUUAUCAGUGGGUGCCAUACGUGUUGUUCCUACAAGCUGUUUUCUACUUAGUUCCAAAGUUGUUCUGGAAGCUUGUUGGCUCGCAUUGGUGUCAUGGAGUUGAUCUGGAAACAGCUAUUGUUGAAGCACAAAAGCUUCGCACGCUGGUCGGUGAAGACCGCGCGUCAGCUCUGAACAAUCUUGCUGGUUUCAUCCGUGACGUCUUGGAGUCAAAACGACGAAGAUCAGUGUUCGGUUCUUCAUUAGCCUCUAUUUGCUACGUCGUAACUAAGUGGCUUGAGGUUGUUAACGGAUUUGGACAACUCUACAUGCUUGCUUGUUUUGUGGGUGAAGGCGACUACCUAUGGGGACUCCAUCUGCUGAGCACUGUGCUAAAUGGUACAGAUAAUCCAAGCGCUGGAGUGUUCCCAAGAAUCGUGUUGUGUGAUGUAACAAAAUUUGCACUUGCUAAUUUGCAUCAAGUGAAUAUGCAAUGUGUACUGAUGUUGAAUUUCAUAAAUGAAAAAAUCUACACCUUCUUGUGGUUCUGGAUCGUGUUUGUAACGGUGGCAUCCUUAUUAUCCGCUAUUAGGCAGACGGUGGCCCUCAUUUUUCCGGUGUAUCGAUCACUCAUUGCUGACAACUUUUUGCCUGUAAGUUUUACAGUUUUUGUUGCACUAAAG